ACAUGCGCCUGACGCUGCUUCUCGAGAUGGCGGCCAAACUCAAAUUGCCCCACGAUUACCGCUUUGGAAUGAGCCGCCCGUCAACAUUGGCAGCAAAGAGGAGGAACCCCCCGGGCAAGAGAAGAUCCAAAGUGUUUGUAGAGCCCGUCAGUAAGGAGGAAUGGCAGUAUUUCCGUGGGGAUACCGUAGAAGUUCUUCAUGGGAAGGAUGCUGGGAAGCAAGGAAAGGUGACACAAGUGGUCCGAGCUCGUAACUGGGUUGUUGUCGACGGUUUAAACACACAUUACCGUUAUGUUGGUCGGACAGAGGAAUACAGAGGAACAUAUGUUGCCAGUGAAGCCCCCCUGCUGCUCAACCAGGUGUCUCUGGUUGAUCCCACAGACAGGAAGCCCACCGAUAUAGAAUGGCGUUACACAGAGGAGGGUGAUCGCGUGAGGGUGUCUGUGAGAUCUGGGCGUAUCAUUCCCAAGCCUGUCCUGCAGAGACGCGACGGGAUCAUCCCUGAGCAGUGGAAAGAUGGUCCCAAGGACACCUCUGUGGAAGAUGCUCUAGAAAGGACAUAUGUGCCGUCCCUGAAGACAUUCCAAGAAGAAAUAAUGGAGAAAAUGGGCAUCGAAGAAAACCGCCAGCAAAGGAAAUCCUACUGGUACUAACGCAAGCAGAACUGUGCGGCAGCGGCUGAGAGCGUCUCUGUCAUUAAUGGACCAUAACAGGAAUAGGAAAUUGUUUGGGAAAAUUUACAGCUUCUCUGCCAUUUGGAAAAACUCAUGGACCUAAUUCAUCCUGUUUUUUUACAUCAUAUGGGCUAGAGCUCCAUAUCCAGAACUAAAGGAAAUGAGGAAAUGUGCUUGCCGGUAUUUAUCCUGCGCAGAUUGGUCACUUCCAGCCGCACCAGUACAGCCCAUGUC